AUGGCAUGUCUCACGGAGAACGCCCCAAUGGAGUGCGGUGGCCGCAGUCUUUGUCCACACCCGUGCCGCUGUGCCGAUGGUAUCGUGGAUUGCCGAGAGAAAAGCCUCGCGACAGUACCGACAACCCUCCCAGAGGACACUACGGAGCUCCGCCUCGAGCAGAACGACAUCACCGAGAUCCCACCGAAAGCGUUCGCCAACCAUCAGCGCCUUAAGCGGAUCGACUUGUCGAACAAUAAUAUUUCGCGAGUAGCCUACGACGCCUUCAGCGGGCUGAAGUCCUUAACGUCGCUCGUUCUUUAUGGUAAUAAAAUCAAGGAUUUACCGGCGAGUGUUUUCAAAGGAUUAGGGUCCCUCCAGCUGCUGCUGCUCAACGCCAACGAAAUCAGUUGCGUGCGAAGGGACGCUUUCAAGGAUCUGCAUAAUCUCAGCCUGUUGUCGCUGUACGAUAACAGCAUUCAGUCGCUGGCGAACGGCACUUUCGACUCGCUGCGAAGCAUUCAAACACUACAUUUGGCCCGCAACCCGUUCAUUUGCGAUUGCAACCUACGCUGGUUGGGCGACUAUCUGCACCAGAAUCCCAUCGAAACCAGUGGCGCUCGGUGCGAUGCACCGAAGCGUAUGCAGCGCCGUCGGAUUGAAGCACUGAAGGACGAAAAGUUUAAAUGCACGGACGAUUACAGCAAGAUAAAGUACUCCGGCGAGUGUCGUAUGGAUCAGGAGUGCCCAGCUGCGUGCCAUUGCGACCGUACGACCGUAGACUGCUCGGCACGUGGACUGAAGGAGAUUCCACGCGAUAUUCCUCUCUACACCACGGAGCUGCUGCUGAACGACAAUGAGCUAAAUCGGAUCAAAUCGGACGGGCUGUUUGGUCGGCUGCCAAAUCUGGUGAAGCUUGAUCUCAGGCGGAACCAAAUCUCCGGCAUUGAACCGAACGCCUUCGAGGGUGCCACUAAGAUACAGGAGCUCUUCCUGAGCGAGAACAAAAUCGCGGAAGUGCACAACAAGAUGUUUCUGGGCCUCCACCACUUGAAAACGCUCUCACUGUACGACAACAUCGUAACGUGCGUCAUGCCCGGAUCGUUUGAUUAUCUGACCUCCCUGACGCAGCUCAAUCUGGCCUCCAAUCCUUUCCGUUGCAACUGUCACCUGGCGUGGUUCUCCGAUUGGUUGCGCAAGAAGCAGCUGAGUGGACCGCAGGCGCGCUGUACCUCGCCGUCGAAGGUGCGCGAUAUGCCGAUCAAAGACUUACCGCACUUUGACUUCAAGUGUACCUCCGACAUGGACCAGGGUUGCCUGGGCGAAGGGUACUGCCCACCAUCCUGCACCUGCACCGGCACUGUGGUGCGAUGUUCAAGGAACAAACUGAAGGAGAUUCCGAAGUCCAUUCCUGCGGAAACGACCGAACUUUAUCUGGAGUCGAACGAAAUCUCCAUGAUCCACGCCAAUCGCAUCAGCCACCUGAAAUCUCUGACUCGGCUUGACUUGAGCAACAACAACAUUGCGAUACUAUCAAACUACACGUUUGCCAACCUUAGCCGGCUUUCAACGCUCAUCAUCAGCUACAACGACCUGCAGUGUGUUCAACAACACGCGCUGUCCGGCUUAAACAAUCUAAAGGUGCUCUCGUUGCACGGAAAUAAAAUCUCAAUGAUCCCAGAGGGUACCUUCAACGAUCUGCAGUCCAUCACUCAUAUUGCACUCGGAAGUAACCCACUGUACUGCGAUUGCUCUCUCCGGUGGCUAUCGGAGUGGGUCAAGCGGGACUACGUCGAGCCGGGUAUUGCACGUUGCGCCGAACCGGAACCGAUGAAGGAUAAACUGAUCCUUUCCACACCGGCCAAUCAGUUUGUGUGCUCGGGCAAGGUGAACAACGAGAUACUGUCCAAGUGUGACGCUUGCUACACGUUCCCGUGCAAAAACGAGGCCGUCUGCAGUGCGCUGCCGGAGCGACAGUACGAGUGCCGUUGCAAACCGGGCUACCACGGGACGCACUGUGAGUUUAUGAUCGAUGCCUGCUACGGAAACCCGUGUCGCAACAACGGUACUUGCACGGUGUUGGAAGAAGGACGCUUCAGUUGCCAUUGUCUGAGCGGCUACAGUGGAUCGCGGUGUGAGGUUAACAUCGACGAUUGCGUUGGGCACAAGUGUCAGAACAAUGGGACGUGUGUCGAUGGUGUGAACUCGUACAGCUGUUCGUGCGCCCCCAGUUACACGGGCGAGCACUGUGACAGCAAAAUUGAGUUCUGCAGCAAGGAUUUCAACCCCUGCCAGAACAGUGCCCGGUGUGUGGACCACUCGACGCACUACACUUGCGACUGCUUGCCGGGCUAUCGGGGGGUGAACUGUUCGGAGAACAUUGACGAUUGCGUCAACCACAUGUGCCAGAACGGGGGAACGUGCGUGGAUGGAAUUAACGACUACACCUGCAAGUGUCCGACGGAUUUCACGGGGAAAUUCUGCGAGGGGACCCCGAUGGUGGCGAUGAUGUACCCGCAGACGUCUCCGUGCCAACAGCACGAGUGCAAGUUCGGUGUCUGCUUCCAACCGAACCCAUCGAGUGCGGACUAUAUUUGCAAGUGUGCGCCGGGUUAUUCGGGCAAGCGGUGCGAAUAUCUGACCAGUCUGACGUUCUUGCACAACAACUCGUUCGUGGAGCUGGAACCGUUACGCACGAAACCGGAAGCGAACGUGACGAUCGUCUUCAGCAGCACACAGCAGAACGGCGUGCUCAUGUACGAUGGACACAACGAACAUCUGGCGGUAGAGCUGUUCAAUGGGCGUAUCCGUGUUAGCUACGAUGUGGGCAACGAUCCCGUUUCGACGAUGUACAGCUUCGAGAUGGUGGCCGAUGGCAAGUACCACAUGGUGGAGCUGUUGGCGAUCAAGAAGAACUUUACGCUCCGUGUCGAUCGCGGUCUGGCACGGUCGAUCAUCAACGAGGGCUCGAAGGACUAUCUGAAACUGACGAGCUCAAUGUACUUGGGGGGUCUACCAGCGGAACCGGGCCAGCAAGCGUAUAAACAGUGGCACCUGCGCAACCUGACCAGCUUCAAAGGUUGCAUGAAGGAGGUGUGGAUCAACCAUAAACAGGUGGACUUCCUGAACGCCGCCCGGCAGCAAAAGAUCACUCCCGGGUGUGCACUGUUGGAUCAGGACAGUGAGGGCGAAAUGGACGAUGACUUUGUGCAGGAAACGGCGGUGAUGCUCAAAGAGAUUAACCCUUGCGAGAACCAUCAGUGCAAACGUGGCGGCAAGUGUGUGGCGAACGGUAAGGGUGGCUACACGUGCAAGUGUAAGAAGGGCACCAAGGGCAAAUACUGCGACCAAGCUGGCUCAACGUGUCGCAAAGAGCAGGUGCGUGAGUACUACACCGAAAAUGACUGCCGGUCGAGGCAGCCCCUAAAGUACGCCAAGUGUGUCGGAGGAUGCGGCAACCAGUGCUGUGCCGCCAAAGUCGUGCGUCGACGAAAGGUACGCAUGGUGUGCCGAAACAACACCAAAUACAUCAAGCACCUGGAUAUUGUGCGAAAGUGCCACUGUACGAAGAACGGCGAGACGAGCCCACACGGCCAGCAGGCUACUGGCAUCCUAGGAUUAAAUUUGUCUAGUGUAAGUGAAGUUAGUUUAAGUGCUACGCCACCACCACCACCAGCGAGUGGCAGCACGCCCCCUAGUGAUAAGUGGAUAAACUUUGAGGUCGAUUACGACGGUGAGCUGAUGCAGAAUGAUGCACCAGCUGCAGAAGCAGAACCGUCGUCCCUAGCGGUGAUACCAAUCGCUGGCACACUGGAACCAAACUCGAGCACCUUCAAACUGCCCGCGGACGAGUUCCACCGGGUGAUGAAUAAGCUCGAGGAGCUGAAGGAGAAGCCACUGUUCAGUGAGGAUGAACUUGAGGAGGCUACCGAAGAGGACGAUCUGUUCGACGACGAAGACUACGACCUGGAGGAGGUCAUCCGUCGGCAGAAGCAGAAGCUCGAGGAAAGUCGUCGUAAGGCGGGCAUCGUCGAUGAGGAAGACGACGAUUACUACGACGACUACAGCGCCGAGAUGGACGACGAGGAGCGUCGCGCUCGGGAGAAGUUGCUAGCAUCCGUCACCGGAUCGGCGGACGGCUCGCUGGGCAAGCCGGACCCGGAAAAGGAAGAACGGGCGAUGCAGGACUACCUGAGUACCAUCCGGAGUAAGUCGACACCGCAUCGGUUUAAGUCAAACUUUGAAGACUUUGACAAUGGGGCGGACGGUGAAACGGUGCUCUCGGGUGGAAUUGGUCAUCGAAAGUUGCGCAAAAACGAUUCCAUUAAAAUCAUCUCGACGCCCAACGGAAAGGUCGGCAUCGUGUACAAGGUGGAGGCGAAGGCGAGCGACAACGAAACGGCCACCAAGGGUGGGCUCGAGAGCGGUGCCAACGGUGCGGGUACCGAACAGCGACAAAACAAGAUCACACCGGUCAUCACGGCCGACGGAAAGGUGGCACUGCUGUACCGGGGCGCCUCCGACAAUGGCGAUACGUUCCGCAACAAGUACGAGCCGAUCACGGCUAAGGACCUACUACAAUUGAUCGACAAUAAUAACAAUAGUAAUGGCAGCUCGCCGACCACCGCCCCCAGUGGCAGCGCCGACAGUAACACUAACAGCAGUAUUAAAAAUAUUACCAAUAAUAAUAUUUAUAAUAGUCAUAAUAAUUACGAUAAAAGUUAUGGUACUUUUAAUAGAAACAUCAAUAACAAUGUGAUCGUCGAUUCCGAUCGGUCCGUGGGGGCUGCGGUUGAGUCGCAGGAGACCAGUGGCGCGAACGGGCGAGCGGAAGUGGCCACCGUGGCGUACCCGUGGGCUACGACGCCCAUGGCGCGGUUAACGAGCAGUACGGAGCCACCGGCGAGUAGCCCGGUAGCGAGCGAAGAGACCGCCGGCGGAGGGUGGUUCGGGUCGAUAGACCCGUACGUCCCGGGAAGCGGUUCCGACCGGCAGGAGAACACACUGCUCAUCAAUCGCCCGCUAUCGGAGGUGCUGGGCAUCCGCAAGAAUCAGUACGCGGAAGGGAACACGAUCAAGAUACCAAAUAUGGAAACAUCCACCAACAAGAUGCGCAUCACGCACGGUAACAAUCUGCUGUCCUCGUUGCUGCACAACCUGCAGCACGGCCUCUCGUCGUCGAACGGAACGAACGCUGGCGGGUCCGGGGAUCACCUGGACAAUCGACAUCACGCGGAGGAGGAUCGUCGUCGGGCCGGUUAUAGUGUGAACGGUUUCAGCCGGUCCAGGUUCUACAUCAACCGACGAACGACGCCGGCGUUGCCACCGCGGGUGAUCAAGGAGGAAGAAAGCGAGGAAGACACGUUCACUGGGGUGGACGACAAUACGCUGCCCGAGGUGAUUAACCUGGCCAUCAUCCCAGCGUUCGAGCACGAAAUCGACGAGAAGUACAUCCGACCCAACAACCACGGUGACUACCACCGGCGCCACCAUCGGCAUCAGUACAACGUGGCCCCGGGCCAACCUGCAGUGCACUGCGCCAUGCAAGCGCUGGUGGCGUGUGCCGUGCUGGCCACGUUCUUCGGUAUCGUCGGCACGUACUUCAAGGUGCGCGUCGUGGAUCACAUACGGGUGCUCUACUGGUAG